AUGGAUUACGGCGGCUGCGAGUACCCGGUCCCCUGCGGAAAAGACAAAUAUAUCUCCAAAAAUGAGCUGCUCUUGCACUUGAAGACGUACAACAUCUACUAUGAAGGGCAAAAUUUGCAGCUGCGGCACCGGGAGGAGGAAGGCGAGCUCAUCGUGGAGGGGCUGCUGAACAUCUCCUGGGGCUUGCGGCGACCCAUCCGCCUGCAGAUGCAGGACGACAACCAGCGCAUCCGCCCUCCGCCCUCCUCUUCCUCCUGGCACUCCGGCUGCAACCUGGGAGCCCACGGGUCCGUGCUGAAGCCCAGCACCUUGCCGGAUAUCCAGGUUACGGACACGGAGGCUGCGCCGAACACGGAGGCUCCGGGGAGCAGCGCAGGUGAGCCGGGUCAGAUCGGUUGGAUUUUGGCAACGUCCGUGUUCACACCGGCGUACGGCUCCGUCACCAACGUCCGGAUAAACAGCACGAUGACGACCCCCCAGGUCCUCAAACUGCUGCUCAAUAAAUUCAAGAUUGAAAACUCGGCGGAGGAGUUUGCACUGUACAUCGUCCACACCAGCGGAGAGAAGCAGAAGCUGCGAGCCAGCGAUUACCCCCUGAUCGCCCGCAUCCUGCAAGGGCCCUGCGAGCAGGUCUCCAAGGUCUUCCUCAUGGAGAAGGACCAGGUGGAAGAAGUCACCUAUGACGUCGCUCAGUACAUCAAAUUUGAGAUGCCCGUCCUCAGGAGCUUCAUCCAGAAGCUGGAGGAAGAGGAGGAUCGGGAAGUGAAGAAGCUCAUGCGCAAAUACUCCAUCCUCCGGCUGAUGAUCCAGCAAAGGCUGGAGGAGAUUUCCGACGGUCCGACGGCGAUGUGA